AUGACAAUGGCACUGACAAGGUCAUUGCAGGUGGAAACUGUGGGAAAAGAACUGCACAGGAACUAUCAUUCGCCCUCUAAUUCAGAAUCUAACACCGAGAGCCCUAGACUCUCUGACAGGGAGUGUACUUCGUCUACACCUACGUCGAUUGACGAUACAACUGCUAUGCAGCACGAUAUGGAAGCUGUCAAGAUCUCAGAUGGACAGGAGGUAGAGCCUGUGGAUUAUUUUGGGCCCAAAAAUAGACUCCAAGAGAAUACUGGCAGAGUACGAGAGAAAGAGGAUGAUGAUUCUACCCCGAAAGCUUCUGGAAAUGAUGGAGAUAGUGUUUUGGAUAAUAGCAGUCUCAUACAAACGGAUUCAUAUAUUCAGGAUCUCAACGAUGACCACAUUCUACUCAAUAGAAAAGUUUCCAGGGUUUCUGCUCGAAGAACUAGGACGCAGGAGAGUAUACGCAAGAGUAUUCCAUUUCAGGCAUCAAAGCAUUCGCAGAUCUUGCCAGUCGAGGAUAACGAUUCGAAACCCGAAAACUCCGUUAAUUUGCCAAAUGGUUCGAUGACUUCGUUGCCUGCCAGGUUGCCCAGGAGGAGGGAUAGCCAUAUGAGGAAGCAAUCGUCAACUUCGUUCUCGUCAAUGCCUCCUGAGAUCCCUACUACUAACACAAGCGCAUUGAACAAAUCUGAGUCGAAGGCCACAGAAAAGAAAGCGAAAAAAUCCCUAUUGCAUAAGAGAGAAGUGAGAAGGAAGAGAAAAUCUUUUCCUCAGGAUGACGAUCGGGUUCUGAUUGGGAAUAAAGUCAGUGAAGGUCACGUCAAUUUCAUCAUAGCAUAUAACAUGUUGACUGGUAUUCGAGUCGCUGUGUCGCGUUGCUCAGGCAUCAUGAAGCCACUUACUCCAGUGGAUUUCAAAUUCACAAAGAAACUUGCUUUCGAUUACCACGGGAACGAAUUGACUCCUUCGUCGCAGUAUGCAUUCAAAUUCAAGGAUUACAGCCCUGAAGUUUUUAGAGAAUUGCGUGCCAUGUUUGGCCUUGAUCCAGCUGACUACUUAGUCUCGUUGACUUCCCGCUAUGUGCUAAGUGAAUUAAAUUCUCCCGGUAAAAGUGGAUCAUUUUUCUAUUUCUCAAGAGAUUACAAAUAUAUCAUCAAGACUAUCCAUCACGCAGAACAUGUUCACCUCAGGAGGCAUUUACACGCGUACUAUACGCAUAUCAAGGAAAAUCCAGAUACUAUGAUUUGUCAAUUUUACGGUUUGCACAGAGUGAAAAUGCCCAUUUCGUUCCAAAAUAAGGUUAAGCACAGAAAGAUUUAUUUCCUAGUGAUGAACAAUCUUUUCCCGCCACAUCUCGAAAUGCAUACGACAUUCGACCUCAAGGGGUCCACUUGGGGUCGAGUCACCAAGAUAGAUCCCGAAAAGGCCAAGGACGAGGCCUAUAGACCAGUUUUGAAGGACGUGAACUGGCUCGAGCGGGAAGAACGCAUCGAGUUCGGCCCUCUGAAGAAGAAAAAGUUCUUGCAGCAGCUCAAAAAGGAUGUCGAACUUCUCGCGAGAUUGAAUAUAAUGGACUACUCGUUGCUGCUUGGUAUACAUGAUAUGAAUAAAGCACGAGAAGAAGAAGAUUUGGAAUUACCAGAUGGUCCUAUUCCCGCAGGACACUCUGAAGGUACAAGCGGUGUACCGACGGGGCCCGUGAUACCGCACUAUUUCAAAGAGUUCGAAGGCGGAAUUCGCAGCUCCGAUACUUUUAACAACGAUACCGAUCUAAUAUACUACGUGGGAAUAAUAGAUUGUCUGACAAACUAUUCUUUCCUGAAGAAAUUGGAAACUUUCUGGAGAAGCCUGAGUCACGACCUGAAAGUUGUAAGCGCUGUACCACCAAAGGACUACGCCGACCGUUUCUACGAAUUCAUUGCAGAUUCAGUCAGCGCUCUUCCCCCUACAAGGUAUCGGGAUAACCCAGACGUGCCGGAUUACAGAGAUUAG